AUGGAAGCCUAUCUCCUCAAUAACUACUCAAAAUGCCCCGAAACCACCUACUUCGAAUCCAGAGAAUUUCUGAUAACUUCAGUGAGAAUCCUAUCCGUCCUAACUUUUCCGUUAAGUAUUUAUGGGGUAUAUCUGAUUCUAUACGUCACUCCAGUUGCGUUGAAAAAUGUGAAAGCUGUUUUAAUGUUUCUUCACAUUUGCACAUUUUUUGUUGAUGCUGUAGUUGAUUUUCUCAUCGAACCCUACAUUUUUCUACCCAGCACUGCGGUUUAUCUCAAUGGAAUUCUUUGGGAAUACCUACAUCUACCACAUAGUUUUCUAGUUUGGUUAGGGCAAUAUUCCCUAUAUUGUGAGUUUUUUUUGAAAUUUGUUUGCAAAAAAAACAACUUUACUUUUAGGUUUGGGAAUGUCAAUCGCAAUUUUGUUCCAAUCUCGUCACAGUAUGAUAAUCACUAUAAAACAUCGGAUGACAUCAACUAGCACUAAAAUAAUCUAUUAUACAAUUAAUUAUCUAGUUGGUGCAAUCGGUAUGGCUUCUUAUCAUUUUCAAAAACUUGACAAUGCGACCGGCAAACUAUUCUUCCUUCAAACCAGUUAUCCUUGCCCACCGAAAGAAUUUUUCGAUGAAGCUAAUACAAUUGUUGUGACAACCAAUAUGACACUCCUUAUUUAUGCUCAAUUUAUUGUCACGUUUUGGGCAUGUUCGCACGGUCUUUUUUGGUGUUUUGCAAGUGCUUUCGCACUGACUCGAAAAACAUCGAAUGUCUCGAAAAAGACACGUGAGAUGCAGCUGAAAUUCCUGACUACUGUAAGUAUUCAGAUAACUAUUCCAUUGUUAGCCAUCAUGUUUCCUGGAACUUAUUUGACUUAUAUGAUUGCGACUUCGCAGGUUAAUCAAGUUAUGUGUAAUAUAAUUGUGAUAACUAUCGCGUUUCAUGGGCUCACUUCGAAUAUAUGUUUGAUUGUUGUGCAAAAACCUUACAGGGAAUUCACAUUGAGUUUUGUUUCGAAGAGAUUUGAGAACAAACGGAUGUUCGCAAAAGUCAGUGGGAUACAAACUCCGGGUCGAAUUUAA